ACAUUUCGAACAAAGUAGGCUAUUGCCUACUGCCUACUGUAACCUGCUGUGGUCCCUUGGUAAUGUCAUUGUUAGAGGUAGAAACGUUCGAUGUUAUUGAACACUCUCUGAGCCAAAAUGCGAUAGGUUCUGAAAUAGGUUAUGUUACGGGCUAGAAGUUCUUCUUCCUUUACACGUCCACUAUCGAGUUAGCUGGUAUUAGCCAUUAGCUAACAAACUUCUGCUUUUGCUUGCUCAUGUGCUGACAGUGUGGUGUUCUUGUUAAAGUAUUUGUCUAACUUACUCUGGGUAAAGUUUUGUUUGCAUAGUCUAGUCCAAUGUCGAGGAAGGUACAAUAAGGUAGGAUACACUCUUAACGUCUGGUAGGCUACAGUUCUCUGAGUUAACUGUGAGAGGAGGACUAGAUUAGGGUAGCUAGCUAGAUAGGAUACAUAGCUUGCUGGUGAACUGCACGUAAAGCUUCCCCAAUUAACCAACGGUAAAGGUAACAUUACCACUAUUGGAACUAACUAUAGGCCUAGCUUAGUGAGGUUUACUAAAUUCUGGCCGGCUUCCUUUGGCAACUGAGCUAGCUUGGCAACUUUAAGGUUUCUUAACUAAAAGAGCAAAAGGCAUACCACCUGACCUUCUAUUCACUGUAGGUAAGUUCUUACAUUAUGAGCGGAAACAAAGAAUUAGCUGAUGGCGAUAACAAUGACAAAUGCUAUUUUGAAGUACCAAAAGACACGUCUGAGAAAGACCCACAAAUUCAUAUUAUAGGUGGAACACUGGCUUCAGGUAAUGUUAGCGCGGGCAAUAGAGAACCAACAACACGUUUGUACAAGAAACGCUGGCUUAUCGUGUGUCUAUUUAGCUCUUAUUCACUCUGCAACUCAUACCAAUGGAUCCAGUACGGUAUUAUCAACAAUGUCUUCAUGAAGUUCUAUGGAGUCGAUUCAUUCACCAUAGACUGGAUGUCUAUGAUCUACAUGCUGACUUACAUACCCUUCAUAUUCCCGGUUACUUGGCUUCUCGAAAAAAAGGGACUGAGGGUCGUCGCGCUGGUUGCCACGGCUAUGAACUGUGUGGGGACAUGGAUAAAGGUGGCUAGCGCACGGCCAGACCUGUUCGCGGUGACCUUUUUCGGUCAGUUUUGCUCAUCAUUUGCGCAAGUGUUCAUCCUUGGAAUGCCUUCGAAAAUAGCAUCGGUGUGGUUCAGCUCGGAGGAGGUUUCAACGGCGUGCUCAAUUGGAGUGUUCGGAAACCAGCUUGGCAUUGCCAUUGGCUUCCUGGUUCCCCCUAUCCUGGUGCCCAAUGUGGAAGACAUGGAUGAACUUGCAGGCCACAUCCGUUUCAUGUUCUACAUAACCGCAGGCGUAGCGACGCUCCUCUUUGUCCUGGUGGUCAUUGCGUUCCAGGAACAGCCAGAGAUUCCCCCAACCGUGGCCCAGGCCACAGCAAGAAACAUCCCCCCAGAGGACUACUCCUACGUGGCCUCGAUCAAGAGACUCCUCUGCAACAAACACUUCAUCCUCCUCGUCAUCACCUAUGGCCUCAAUGUGGGCUGCUUUUAUGCUGUCAGCACGCUCCUCAACCGGAUGAUCAUUGAGUACUAUCCAGGAGAGGAGGUGAAUGCGGGCAGAAUUGGGCUCACCAUCGUCAUCGCUGGUAUGGUUGGCUCCUUGAUCUGUGGGAUCUGGCUUGACCGGUCGAAAACCUACAAGCAGACCACUCUGGCUGUGUACGUGAUGUCCUUUCUCGGGAUGAUUUUAUUCGCCUGCACACUCAACCUGGGACACUUGUGGGUUGUCUUCAUCACUGCUGGAGCACUAGGGUUUUUCAUGACCGGCUACCUGCCUCUGGGCUUUGAGUUUGCUGUGGAGCUCACCUAUCCAGAGUCAGAGGGAACAUCUUCAGGACUGCUCAACUGCUCUGCUCAGAUUUUUGGCAUCAUCUUCAUCAUCUGCCAGGGAAAGAUCAUCGAUUCCUUUGGUAUUCUGGCUGGCAACAUUUUCCUCUGUGUCUUCAUGCUCAUCGGCACCAUCAUGACUGGUAUUAUAACACACAACCAUGAUUUGGCACAGUCACUCUUAUGUGGCCACGCACUCCACAGUGAAUAAUCUGCUUGUUGUACACUGACAAAAAAGGGUUCAUUUGGGAUCUACGAUAUGUAUCCUAUGUAGAGCAUGAUCAAUCAAGGAUUUACAUACAAUCAAAGCUAUAGAACCAGGUUACAUGGCCUCAAGCAGGCAAUGAUGAAACCUUUCUAAGGGUAAGCAAUACGCGUCAGAGGAUAGACCAUGUUGCCGGUUGAGGUCAUAUCACAGUUCAGAUCCCACUGUCAGGCACAUUUAACAGGUCAUUUUAAGUAGUUUUCCUGAAACUUAAGAUGAUUCAUGUUAUUGGUUACAAUGUAAUUAUAUCUUGUUCACUGUUACUUAUUAUGACUGUAGCAUUAACAUUCCUCAGCAUGUUGUGUUUAUAUUUCUUUCUUGGAAAUCCAUAUCCAAGUACACAGUGUAGUUCCUGGAGAAAGAGACAUUUCUAAAGAAAUAUGUGUUCUCAUUAAACCCAUCAGGGCAAAAGCCAUCUGUGUGGUAAUAAUUCCAUUGUUUUCCAUCGCUUACAAAGGUAAACACUGUCGGCAUUGCUACAAAUGUCACACUACAUUCAUGGUUCAUCACAGAGAGCGGGUUUGAAAUGUUUUGAGCUACUGAACAACAAACUCUGCUGAAAAAUAGCGACACCUCUGGAAAUCAUUCGAAGAACGUUGGCACUCGGCGGUCGGCUGACCCAUGUUGGGCAUUAGGUCGGGUCGGGUUACAUUUGGGUUCGAUUUCUUAAACUCGAUCCUCCAUUCGUCAGUGUUAAGACUGCAGUCGCACAGUGUUCACAAACAGUUUUGAUCUACCU